AUGAGCAGUAGCCGCAACGCAUCACAAGCUUGCGCAUCGUGUAAAUAUCAACGUAAAAAGUGCGAUCCUCACUGUCCUCUGGCACCCUUUUUCCCACAGCAUCGAAGAAAAGAUUUUAUGAAUGUACACAAGGUCUUCGGCGUUCGUAACGUUUUGAAGUUGACAAAAAACCUUGGUCAUAAGGAAAAAUCCGAGGCCAUAAAAACCCUGAUUUACCAAGCCGAUGUUCGAGUGAAGGACCCCGUCGGAGGCUGCUGCAGGGUUAUUUCCGAGUUGCAGCACCGAAUCAAGAAUCUCGAGGCCGAAUACAGACUCUUGCUUGAGCAAUUGGCUGUUUGUCGAGCGCAAAAACAGGCCAAGGCUCCUGUGCAUAAGCAGCAGCAAUUCUAG